AUGAACACCCCAAAACAGGAUCUCAUUAAAAGAGCGAAAUCUGAAUCUGGGUUUGCCAAGUUUGGAGCUUUCCAGACUUGGAAGUUUCGGAUUCUGCAUGGACCAAUCAGGUGCACCCACUUGCAAUGUGAAAGUAGUUUCGGCGUUCUCCACACCGCGUGUCAUGUUGACGCAAGCCGGUAUCCCUGCUUGGAUGUUGAUGAUUUUAUGCCUCUGCCUUGCAAAGGACAGACUGCAAGCGAUGGAUGGUAUGCCCCGGGUAAUGGUGAUGUAUACCCAUCCUUGAUGAACAGCCGUACACUUGAUGCUUUGCUCUCACAGGGCAAGGAAUAUGUUUUUGUUGCCAACUCAGAUAACUCGGGUGCGAUUGUUGACCUGAAAAUCUUAAAUCAUUUGAUGACAAACAGGAAUGAGUACUGCAUGGAGGUUACUCCAAAGAUGUUGUGUGACGUGAAGGGUGGUAGCCUCAUUUCUUAUGAGGGAAAGGUUCAACUGUUGGAAAUUGCACAAGUCCCUGAUGAACAUGUCAGCGAGUUCCAAUCAAUUGAGAAGUUCAAGAAUUUCAAUACAAACAAUCUAUGGGUAAACUUGAAGGCAAUUCAAAGGCUUUUGGAAGCUGAAGAUCUCAAGAUGGACAUCAUUCCUAUUCAAAAGGAAGCUGAUGGAAUGAAGGUUCUUCAGCUUGAAACUGCAGCUGGGGCAGCAAUCAAGCUCUUUGAUAAUGCAAUCGCCAUUAAUGUACCUCGGUCGAGGUUUAUACCGGUGAAAACCACCUCAGAUUUGCUUGAGGUUCAGGUUAAUUUAUAUUCCGUGGAAGGUGGCCUUGUUGCCAGAAGAAAUUCGUCAAUCGAAUCGGGCCCCGAGCGUGAGAAGGUUGACAAUUUCGGGAGCAUGUUAAACUUAAUUUCUAGCAUCAAGGACAAUUUCGAGGUGUCUGGUAAUCUAUCUAUUGGCUCGCUUCUCAAUCUCAAGCUAAUUGUUGACAGUCAUUUUUUCCUCUUGACUAACACAUCAACAGAAGCUAAGGUCAAGUUGGAAAUCCAAAAUGGGGCGACAGCUAUGAGAAACAAGCUAGAAUGGACUCUGCAUCCUAUAUUGGCGAGGCUGUCAGUGCCCAUUUGUCUGUUUAGAGUUAAAUUUCUUAUUGUGGUGGAAGUGCAUGGCCCUGAGGCCUCUAAUGACAAUACUUGAAUAUUGCAAUUUUGCUUUCGAGAAAUGCCGCCACUCGUUUGCUCCAAAUGAAACAUUCUUCUUCUUCUUUUUUUGGG